UUUACUUUUCAUAAUCCACAGUUUCUCACUAAUCUCAAAACCCUCCUACUAUGUCCCUGUAAAACACACGCAGAGACUCUCUCUCUCUCUCUCGCUCUCCUAUGGAAGACGACGACGAGUUUGGAGAUCUCUAUACCGACGUCCUCCGCCAGUUCCAACCUUCCCCCGUCAGUUCGCCACCUCCGGUACCACCCAAAUCCCCCAUCGAUCUCAACCUUCUUACCCAAAACGACGACGUAUUUCCCCUCGGAGCAGCUCCCAAUCCCAAUCCUAACCCUAAACCUAACCUCAACUUCACCCUCUCUCACCACACCCAAACCCUAGCUUCGAACUCCCCGCCGGAUUCGAAUCGGAAUUCGAAUCAAGAAGCGGUGAGAGACGAGGGUUUAGCUGACAGGGCGAGUAGUGAGUCUAGGGUUUUGGAGAGAGGUGGAAAAGAUGAUUUUUUGGUGGUGGAAAAAAACGAGGGUUUGAUUGAUAAGGAAGAGAAUUUCGAUAGAUUCGACAUCGAAGAGGCUGAGGAGGAGGAGCCGGUGAUACCGGGGGUUUCAGAUCGUCGAGGAGAAGGGAAUGAUGAUUGGGUGAGCGAGAGUGAUGACGACGACUUGAAAAUCGUGCUUAACGAGAGCAACCACGAUGGUAUGGUGAUGGAGGGAUUGGGUGAUGAAGAUGAUGAUGAUGAUGAUCCUUUGGUUAUUGUUGCGGAUAGCGAUCCGGGUCUCAUUCCGAUGGAAGAGAGGGAGUGGGCGGAGGAUGCAACGACUCGGGGAGCGGAUGGUGAGAGAAAGGAGGUGGGGGAAGGAGCUAAAGCGAAUGGAGGAGCGGUUGUUGCGCCGAAGAUUGGGUUCAACAGCAGUUUCACAUAUCAACCAUUUCAUUCUCAGUUUAAGUAUGUGCGACCUGGCACGGCACCAAUGCCUGGAUCAGUUCCUGUUGGUCUUGUAGGAGCGCCGGGUCAAGUUCGUCCACCGGUCAACAUGGGCCCGGUUACUGGUUUUGGUAGAGGUGAUUGGCGACCAACAGGAAUAAGAAACACUUUUCCUAUGCAGAAAAACUUACAUCCAGGUUCUGGAAUGAAUGUUUGGGGGAACAAUACGGCAGGGCGUGGUUUUGGAAGUGGCUUGGACUUCACUCUUCCAUCACACAAGACGAUAUUUGAGGUUGACAUUAAUAGCUUUGAGGAAAAACCAUGGAGGCUUCCUGGCCUUGAUAUGUCCGAUUUUUUUAAUUUUGGUUUAAAUGAGGAGACCUGGAAAGAUUAUUGCAAACAACUGGAACAACUCCGCGUGGAGACAACUAUGCAAAGCAAAAUCUGUGUCUAUGAAAGUGGGAGAACAGAACAGGAAUAUGAUCCAGAUCUGCCACCAGAACUAGCUGCAGCGGCAGGUGUUCGUGGCACUUCUGAAAAUGCAAAUAUUGCGAAGUUGGACGGUGGACAAAUUGACAUAGCAAAAGGAUCACAAGAUGUGCGGCCACCAUUACCAAUUGGGAGAGCAAUACAGGUGGAAACUAGUUCUGUUGAGCGUCUCCCAUCCACUGAUACCAGGCCACUUCGAAUCCGUGAUUCCGAUGUAAUAAUUGAGAUAGUGUUGCAGGGCUCUACAGAUGAUGCUUCCUUGCCUGGGAAUGAUGUGACAGAGCAACCGGAAAAUGAACCUUUGAGGGAGAGUUUCAGAGGUGGCCAGGAAACUAAUGGGGACAUCAUAGAGCAACAAAGUGGUGGUAGGAAGAGGGAAAUUGUUGGGAGAAGAGCUCCAUUUAUGAAUUCCAUUCAUGACAACAUGAUUGAAGGAGAAUCACUGCUUCCGCAUCGUCCCGAUUCUAGAGAGCGUUCUUCUUCAAAUCCCGGAAGGAAUGUUGGCACCCUUCGUGAGGAGAGGCAGGCAAAGGGGGGAGCACGCGACAGAUCCCCUAUUAUGACACAUAGUAGUAGUACACUGGAUAAAGGCGUUCUUCGCACUCAGAAGGAAGAUUCAGUUGAAAGCAGUGGUGGAAAACAAAGCAAUCAGUUCUCAUCUCCGGCCACCGUUGGGAGUGAUGAGGAGCCCGAUGUUGAACAUCGUGAUGGCUUGCAUGGAAGCUCUGUAAUGUCUGAUGGAGGGGAAAUGGCUUUGGACAGAACCACCUUUACUGAUACCCACAUAUCGGAAAACCAAUUGCCUUCUGUGAAAAAGCAAAAACUCAGUUCUCGAGUUAGACAGUCUCCUGAUCAAGAGAUUGGUAAUGAAGGGGACAUAAAGGCUGCUAGAAGCAGAGAAAACAGCAAAGCAAGAUCGGAUAGCAGCAGAGAUUACCACAAGUUCCCCGAUAGUAUUGACGAGGAAGUUGUUCAACGUGGACGUUCUACACAAAUGGGGAACUUGAAGAGACCCCACGGUGAAGAUGAGCAGAGUGUGCGAAGAAAGAGACGUGAAGUAGAAAAGCACCGCAUGGUGGAAAAAGGAUGGGAGGAUUCUCACUCUCGUCGAGAUUUGGAUCCUCAUUUGGCUCGUCACUCGCACAUGAAAACUGAGGGUAUAGACAGGCGAAAGGAGAGAGAGAAUUCUGAGGGAGUUUGGCAGCAAAGAGAUGACGAUCCACAUGGAAGGAGGGCUAGAGCUGAGGAAACAAGGAACAAGGUCCGAGAAAGAGAGAGGAUGGAUAAAGAUGAGCAUCUUCAGUUGAGGAAACAGUUGGACUAUGGUAAUUCUAGGGGCUAUCAUGAUAGAGAUGUGGGAUCACGACCAAGAGAAAGGGAUGACAAUUUGAAGAGUCAAUAUGAGAAUAUGAACAAUCAUUAUACCAAAAGAAGGAAAGAAGAAGAUUAUUCAAGGAGGGAUGGUGAAAAGGAAGAAAUCUUACAUAGCCAUAGAGAAAACCCAAGUCAGCGUAAGCGAGAUAGGGAUGAUGCUUUGGACCCGCGGAAGAGAGAUGACCAAGUGAGAACAAGAGAGGACAAUUAUAAUUCUGUUAGGUACAAAGAAGAUGACUGGAUUCACAGAGACAGGGAUCAGAUGCACAGAACCAAACAAUCACAUGAAGAAAGUUUAUUGAAGAGGGAAAGAGAAGAACGACGGGAAGGAGUAAGGAAAACUGGACGAGCUGCAGAAGAAAAACUAUGGGUCCCCCAUGGUAGAGUGAAGGAUGAGUAUAAGGGAACUUCUGCCAGAGAUUACCAAUUUAAAGAGACCAGUCGGCAUAAUGAGCAACUUACGAGAAGGGUUGAAGAUGGAAGCCUAUCACAGCAUAGGGGACAUGAUGAUUUCCAUUCAACACGUGGAAGCCAACACAACGAAGAUGAGAGAAGAUCAAGGCAGGAAAGGGAAGGUACUCGGAGGGAUCUUGUUGGUGGUGGUUCUGAUAACAAUAGGGUGCAUGAAAAGAAACGUAAAGCUAACAUGAGGAGUAAAGAUUCCAAGGGCGGAGAUGGUAACUCUGUGGGUCCUUCCACGAUAAGUCAAGAAGACCAAAGUGGUCACAUGAAUGAGCGGGUACGUUACAACUCCAGAAACACUAACAUGCCACUGCUGAGGUGAUACUGAAAGGCACAACCGAGCAGGGAAAACAUAAUGAAGAUGCUUCUUCAGACGAUGAACAGAGAGAUUCAAGAAGGGGACGGUCCAAAUUGGAACGUUGGACAAGCCAUAAGGAGAGGGAUUUCAAUAUCAACUCAAAGUCUUCAUCAUCUUCCAUGAAGGUUAAAGAGAUUGACAAGAGUAAAAAUGGAGCCAGCAAGCUUCCGGAAGAAUCAUCCAAGACUGUUGAAACCAUCAAUGGUCAACAUCCCUUGGGUGAUCAAAAGGAUCAAAAUGAUGGGAAAUCAGUGGGUGGUAGAGACUCGGACACAGCUGCAAAGUUGAAGCAGCGAAGCGAGCGUUUCAAGCUUCCAAUUCCAAAUGAUAAGGAAGCUACGGUGAUUAAAAAGAUGGAGAGUGAACCAUUGCUGCCUUCCGCCCAAAGUGGAGCCAAUGACGAUCCGGAGAUCAAACUAGAGCGUCCGCCUCGGAAACGGAGGUGGAUUAGUAACUAACUGUGGAAUGAAAUAACAUGUUUUUGUUUUUGCUUAUUGUUAUGUAUUAUACACCGGCAAAUGUAACAUUGUCCUGCCCAUUGAUGGGCUCUGAAUUCACAUUUUUACUCCAAAGAAACAUUAAUUUGUAGCGAACUUUAUUGUAUGGAUUGUACAGCAGUUGCUCGGAGGGCACUUAAGUGACCAGUCCGAGUCAAAGUCGUGUAGCUGACUCGAGUGAAGGCUUUUGCUCCAGGUGGUGAGGAAGAAUGCCGGCUUCUUCAAGUUUUUGAUGUGGAGGUUUGGAGAAGUUUCAAUGCAGGGAACCAUUUGGGUGAGAAGGAAAAUUGGUGAUCUGUGCUUACUGCAGAAGGAAAAUUGCCAAGGUAGAUAUAAAUGGGUGAUCUGUGCUUACUGCAGUUUGGCAAUCCAUGUUGUAUAAAUUUUGAUUGUUUUUUAUUUCCAUAGCACGUGAAUCUAGAGCGCGUUAUAUUGAUGUUGCAUUUUUGUGUUUGACAACAAUAUCAGUACCCUGUAAUCCCUAAUCGAUAGGGGUAUAGAACAGUGAUUGGUCACCA